UCUAUCCUCUCAAUAUAGAGCAUAUCAGGGACAUUUCUGUGCUACACUACACCCUUCUUCAUCUGGAGUGACGUCGGCCAAGAAGGUCAGCUGAUCCACACUGACGUGACGAAGAAAAGUCAAAGGAAGGAACGGGAUUUCCGGAGCCCGCGCAGCCAAUGAGAGCAUUCCACAUGCGGACAGCGAGAGCAGUACAUGCGGAUCAGGAGAGCGGCACAGCGGAGACACGCGAUUGGUGCUGAUGGUGCUAGAGCUGCGAACACCGGCAGUGUGCUGCGAUCCACGGGAAUGAGCCGAGGAUAGAUCCGAAAGACUAGUUAAGAGCUUCGUUUGGUUAACCAGGACUACUAGGACUCCCAGCAGGCAUCGAAAAAACUUAAAGAACCAGCGAGUUUACGAUGCGCGUUGUGUAAUUUUUGCUCGAAUUAGUCCGGCUUUGUAACUUUUCUCCUCAUUAAACGCCCGAACUUAAAAAGUUAACAUCUGCUUUUAUCGUGUACUGUUUAUCUGAGGUCACCACGGUUGUUUUUGGAUCAAGUUUUUCGUGGGUCCGAAGGUCUUGGGAGUCAGGACUGAAGGCUUUGAAGAAGCCCGUUCGUUUGGGGUUGCGAGUCCGUUCAUAAUCAGCGUGUCCGUCCGUCCACGAUGGAGAACGCACAUACGAAAACCGUGGAGGAAGUUUACAGCUUUUUCGCCGUGAACGAGAGCACGGGGCUCGGCCUGGAGCAAGUGAAGCGUCAGCGAGAGAAAUGGGGACCGAACGAAUUGCCUGCGGAAGAGGGAAAAUCACUGUGGGAAUUGGUGGUGGAGCAAUUUGAGGAUCUUUUAGUGAGGAUUCUUCUCCUGGCAGCUUGCAUAUCUUUUGUACUGGCCUGGUUUGAAGAGGGAGAGGAGACCAUUACAGCAUUUGUGGAGCCUUUUGUAAUAUUACUUAUUCUUAUAGCCAACGCCAUCGUAGGUGUCUGGCAGGAGAGAAAUGCAGAAAAUGCCAUUGAGGCCCUCAAGGAGUAUGAGCCCGAGAUGGGCAAGGUCUAUCGCCAGGACAGGAAGACUGUACAGAGGAUCAAAGCCAGGGACAUCGUACCCGGGGACAUUGUGGAAGUUGCUGUGGGUGACAAAGUUCCUGCUGACAUUCGCUUGACUUCAAUCAAGUCAACAACCCUGAGGGUGGACCAGUCCAUUCUAACAGGAGAAUCUGUGUCAGUAAUCAAGCAUACAGACCCUGUCCCUGACCCUCGUGCUGUGAACCAGGACAAGAAGAACAUGCUCUUCUCUGGUACCAACAUCGCUGCAGGCAAAGCAAUAGGCGUUGUGGUCGCCACAGGUGUGAACACCGAAAUCGGCAAAAUCCGUGACGAGAUGGCAUCCACGGAGCAGGAACGCACGCCGCUGCAGCAGAAACUGGAUGAGUUCGGCCAGCAGCUCUCCAAGGUCAUCUCACUCAUCUGCAUCGCUGUGUGGAUCAUCAACAUCGGACACUUCAACGAUCCUGUUCACGGUGGCUCGUGGAUCCGCGGGGCCGUGUACUACUUCAAGAUCGCUGUCGCACUGGCUGUGGCCGCCAUCCCCGAAGGCCUGCCCGCUGUCAUCACCACCUGCCUGGCUCUGGGUACCCGUCGCAUGGCCAAGAAGAACGCCAUCGUACGCUCGCUGCCCUCUGUGGAGACCCUCGGCUGCACCUCUGUCAUCUGCUCGGACAAGACCGGCACCCUGACCACCAACCAGAUGUCCGUUUGCAGGAUGUUCAUUGUUGAUCAGGCAAAUGGAAACAGCUGCUCUCUCAAAGAGUUCAACAUUACCGGCUCCACAUAUGCCCCUGAUGGACAAGUGUUUCAUGAGGGUAAACCAGUACGAUGCUCCCAGUAUGACGCUCUAGUUGAAAUGGCCACCAUCUGUGCUCUGUGCAAUGACUCGUCUCUGGAUUACAAUGAGGCCAAAGGUGUGUACGAGAAGGUGGGUGAAGCCACAGAGACCGCCCUCACCUGCCUGGUGGAGAAAAUGAACGUGUUUGACACACAACUGAAGGGCAUUUCCAAGGUGGAGAGGGCAAACGCUUGCAACUCGGUCAUCAAGCAACUGAUGAAAAAGGAAUUCACUCUGGAGUUCUCCCGAGACAGGAAGUCCAUGUCGGUCUAUUGCACACCCAACAAAGCUCGCUCCUCCAUUGGCAAGAUGUUUGUUAAGGGUGCUCCAGAGGGAGUGAUUGACAGAUGCACACACAUUCGUGUUGGUGGGAAUAAGGUUGCACUGACAGCAGGCAUUAAAGAGAAGAUCAUGUCUGUGAUCCGUGAGUAUGGCACAGGACGUGACACACUGCGCUGUCUGGCUCUGGCCACCCGAGACAACCCGCUGAGUAAAGAGAGCAUGGUGCUGGAGGACUCAAACAGGUUCAUUGAGUAUGAGACGGACCUGACCUUUGUGGGAUGUGUGGGCAUGCUGGAUCCGCCCAGAGCUGAGGUGGCAGCUUCUAUCAAGCUUUGUCGUCAAGCGGGCAUCCGAGUCAUCAUGAUCACAGGCGACAACAAGGGCACGGCUGUCGCCAUCUGCAGACGCAUUGGAAUCUUUGGAGAGGAUGACGAUGUGUCAGAAAUGGCCUAUACUGGCCGAGAGUUUGACGAUCUGUCUGCUACCGCCCAGCGUGAGGCAGUGCUCACUGCCCGUUGCUUUGCCCGUGUUGAGCCAUCUCACAAAUCCAAGAUUGUGGAGUUUCUGCAGUCCUAUGAUGAGAUCACUGCCAUGACUGGAGAUGGUGUGAAUGAUGCACCUGCUCUGAAAAAGGCUGAAAUUGGCAUUGCUAUGGGGUCAGGCACAGCCGUGGCUAAGACUGCCUCUGAGAUGGUCCUCGCUGACGAUAACUUCUCCACCAUUGUGGCCGCUGUGGAAGAAGGUCGAGCAAUUUACAACAACAUGAAACAAUUCAUCCGCUACCUCAUCUCCUCAAACGUCGGCGAGGUGGUCUGUAUUUUCUUAACGGCGGCUCUGGGCUUCCCCGAGGCUCUGAUUCCAGUUCAGCUUCUGUGGGUCAAUCUGGUGACCGACGGUCUGCCUGCGACCGCGCUGGGCUUCAACCCACCCGACCUGGACAUCAUGAGCAAACCCCCUCGCAAUGCCAGAGAACCCCUCAUUUCUGGUUGGCUCUUCUUCAGAUACCUGGCCAUUGGCUGUUAUGUGGGUGCUGGUACUGUAGGUGCUGCUGCGUGGUGGUUCAUUGCUGCUGAAGAUGGGCCCAGAGUGACCAUCUAUCAACUGAGUCACUUCCUUCAGUGUGCACCAGACAACCCUGAGUUUGCAGGACUGAAGUGUGAAGUGUUCGAGUCUCCCUAUCCCAUGACCAUGGCGCUGUCUGUACUAGUCACCAUUGAGAUGUGCAACGCCCUCAACAGUGUUUCUGAGAACCAGUCUCUGCUUCGCAUGCCCCCCUGGGAGAACGUGUGGCUGCUUGGAGCCAUCUGCCUCUCCAUGUCCCUGCACUUCCUUAUCCUUUAUGUGGAGCCCUUGCCGAUAAUCUUUCAGAUCACCCCACUGAACUUGACACAGUGGCUUAUGGUGUUGAAGAUUUCCCUGCCUGUCAUCUUGCUGGACGAAGUGCUCAAGUUUGUGGCCAGAAACUACCUGGACAAGCCCAAAGACCUGGACAGUCCCAAGGACAAGGCCUGCUCACUCAGCACCUGCAUGGAGGGAAUUUCCUGGCCUUUCGUGGCUCUCUCACUCCCCCUGAUGCUGUGGCUCUACAGCACUGACACUAACUUGGCUGAAAUGUUCUGGUCUUGACUGAAAUGAGCACAGAUGUGUGUAGAUAGUGUGUACGUGUGUCUGUGUGUGUGGUUGUGCGUUUAAAGUGUGCCUCCGCAACAGAGAAUGUGUACGAGAAGGACAGGAUUAACUCAAAAAUAAUCGUGAUAUAGAAACAUAACCUUUUUUUUUUUUAACAUGUCCAGUGGGGAUUGAGGAGACCAUACAGACCUGAAGUCUUCAAGUAUUAGUGACCAUUGGUUUCUUUUUGUUAUUGCAUUUUUAAUCAUUUGUUUAAUGUCAUAUUUCAAACCAUUAUCAAUUAUGAAGAUAUCCAAUUAGUUUUGGCCCCAAAUUAUGUUUAAAUGGCUGAAUGGGAAAAAAAGUACUUGUGUACAGACAUUUAACACUAUUUUAUGCAGUUUUUCUUUUGUUAUUUGUUUAAUUUGCUAACAGAGAGCAGAGUGGGUAGGGUAGAGCGAGCAAGAGAGAGAGAACAAGACAGAACUGUUUACUAAUGUUUACCUUUGUGUCUUCGGCGUGAACAUCGCUCAGAGCCAAUGGACAAGCAUGGUGUUUCAAAGCAGCAUGGGAAAGAGAGUGCGGGACUGAAUGUUUGAAUGCUUCACGGUCAAAUCCUCAGAUGAAAGCUGCAUGUUCUGUAUUUUGCAUGCAUUUUGUGUGGUUUUUCACUUAUGAUUUGUACCUGUAUGUCUUUCCCUAUGUGUAAUAACUUCCAUUUUUAUGGGUGUAUAUUGUGUUUCCACUUACCUGACACUUUUGAUUAGUAAAGCCAGUUUUUCUGCACAAGGCAGAGUACAGCUACCUCAGGACUGUCAGAUUAGACUCUCUCUGGUUGCUUCCCCCCACUUAGAUUUACACCGCUUGUACACAUUAAUGCAUGAGGUGUGCCUCUAUUUGAUGGUAAACAGAACUCCAAUUCUUUUGGCCCUAACUAAUGUUUGUUUUUUUUGUUUUUUCUCACUGUAUUUUAUAAUUGAAUGAACUUGCAUUAACUUAAUUUAGGGAUUUUGUCUUUGGUAGGGGUGGGUUAGACAAAAGGUGUAAAUGUUACCGUUUAGUGGGUAAGGCCAGAGACAAAGGAGUAGAAAAUUUAACCAGCAAAGGUUUAGGUGUUGCAUUUCAAAACAUGAAUUUUAAAUGCAAAACCAAAAUGUUUCAUGCUACUUUUUUUCCCCCCUACCUUUAAAAAAAAAAAUACACUCAUGAACCAUUUGAAUUAAAAUGCGUGUCUUCAUUUUACUAGCUUGUCUGUUCCUGUGAUGCAACACGGCAAGUUUUAGGAGCAAAUAUACUUGAAUAAAUGAAAUUAAUGUACAGAGAUUUAGUUGCAUAGCUGAGCACAAGAUUGACAGCUGGGAGGGGCUUCCUUGCGAAGCAGCUUCCUGUUUGGCCAUCACCAGCCAGUCUGGUAGUGGCCUGUAUAUUUGUACACAUGCAGCACAUAUAUCCGAACGGUACAAAGAAUUUUUUUCUUUUUAUGAAAUAGAGCUUUCUGGCAUUUAGUUGUCCAUUGCAUCACACUGAUUUUUGCUUGCUAAAAUGGAUGCAUGUCCCUGACUAUGCCCUUGGUGUGGAAUUUCAGUAUUUUUCUAACAAUCAUGCACAUUCCCUUAGCCUUCAGCGGACUUACAUUUAAGUGAUUGUCACUGACAUUGGUGCCACACGUUUUUCCGCUCCUGUUCACCAUGUUACAACAAUGUCCCGAAGCCUCAAGUUUUCUGACAAUGGACCAACCCUGCUAACAUGUAAAUCUGUUCAAUUCCCACUACGACUACUGUAGCUGUGUAUAGCUGCAUUUAACACAUGGCCAUAUCAGCUUGAAUACAUUCCACUGUUAUGUUCCACUGCAAUAUAUGCUGUUUUUAAGAAAUAUAUAAUAUAUUGUAAAGACUUGGUCAAAUUACUUGCGUGAUUGUUUUCUUUACCACAUAUAAUUUCAAUCUUGUCUCUAAAUGAAAUGAAUAAACCAUUAGUUUUUAUUAGAAUGGUCCGUACACUGUGGUCUGACUUGCUCAGGAACUGAACUUGGAUGUUGGCAUAAAUGACUCAAAUGAAAACACUAUUGCCAUUAGAAAUAUGUUGCAGUCUCUUCUUUUUUUCAGUAAAUGUUGCCUUUUGUAUUAAUUAAUCAUACAAUUAUUUUCCUCUUUGUCAUACUUGCUUAUAUGAUAAAUAUUUAUUUAAUAGUGCACUUUAGCAUUUCAGUUUCAUUCUAAAACAUUCAAAAAUUCCAUUUUUUUUUUUCAUUUGUGUUUAUUGGCAGUUGUUGCUUCUGCCUCUGCUUGUGUUGGGAAACCUCAGGCUUCUGUGUUGUGCAUGUCUGUUUUGAGAGGCUUCAUUUUGCUGAAUACCAGAACUUGCAUGUUGAAUGUGCAGUUCAGAGAAAAUAGCCACCAUUGCACUGCCAUAUCACAUGUAAGAGUGGACUCAAUAAUGAAAUUAUUCACUAGUAAUAAUUAAUAAAUGACAGAGAAAUAAGAAUAAUGAGUGUGUAUGGAAGCAAGCAGCAUCAUUUUCUACCCUGCAUGACAAUGUCUACAUUGCCUAAUGCUGAUGCAAGGAGAGUUUGCUGUAUUUUUUUUUUUCUGUGUAAAUUGUCAUAGUUUUAUAUACAUGUAUUAUAUAGUAUAAUGCAUGCCUUCAGUUGUAAUUAGCCAAAUAAUUUGAUCUAUAUUUAUAUAGCAACUUGCUGUGUACAUUGCUGCUAAAUGGUAUAUGAUUAAACACGUCAUUUUACAAAUAAACUCUGCAGUUAAUUUUACCAA